UGUAUGACCCGUUUUUGCUCAGAUCUGUUAAUGUUGGAAGGAAGAGCAGAUAUCAAGUCAUAUUCCUUGAAAGUUAAAGUACUAGUUUUGAACUGUUAACGUCAGUACUACAAAAGUAUAAUGAGGGAAAUUGUACACAUACAAGCUGGACAGUGCGGAAACCAGAUAGGAUCAAAGUUCUGGUCUGUGAUAUCUGAUGAACAUGGUAUUGACCCAACUGGAACCUAUCACGGUGAUUCUGACUUGCAGUUAGAGAGAAUUAAUGUUUACUAUAAUGAAGCUUCAGGUGGCAAGUAUGUUCCCAGAGCCAUCUUAAUUGAUCUGGAACCUGGAACUAUGGACUCUGUUCGAUCUGGUCCCUUUGGACAGCUCUUUCGACCAGAUAACUUUAUCUUUGGUCAGUCUGGUGCAGGAAAUAACUGGGCAAAAGGUCACUACACUGAAGGUGCAGAGCUGAUAGAAAACGUGAUGGAUGUUGUCAGGAAAGAAUCUGAAAGUUGUGACUGUUUACAGGGAUUUCAGCUUGCACACUCACUUGGAGGUGGCACUGGCUCUGGCAUGGGUACUUUGCUUAUUUCCAAAGUGAGAGAAGAAUAUCCUGAUCGUAUCAUGACCACUUUCUCCGUUUUCCCAUCCCCAAAGGUUUCAGACACGGUAGUAGAACCGUAUAAUGCCACGUUGUCAGUUCACCAGCUUGUUGAAAACACUGAUGAAACCUUCUGCAUUGACAAUGAAGCCCUUUAUGAUAUAUGCUUCAGAACACUCAAAUUAACCUCUCCUUCUUACGGCGACUUGAAUCAUCUUGUGUCUAUCACAAUGUCUGGAGUAACCACAUGUCUUCGUUUUCCUGGCCAGUUGAAUGCAGAUCUUCGCAAACUUGCUGUUAACAUGGUGCCAUUCCCACGUUUACACUUUUUUAUGCCUGGCUUUGCUCCCCUAACCUCAAGAGGAAGCCAGCAGUAUCGUGCUGUAACAGUUCCAGAAUUGACGCAACAGAUGUUUGAUGCCAAGAACAUGAUGACAGCAUGUGAUCCUCGUCAUGGUAGAUAUCUGACAGUUGCUGCAAUGUUCCGGGGAAGAAUGAGCAUGAAAGAAGUUGAUGAGCAGAUGUGGAAUAUACAAAAUAAGAACAGCAGCUACUUUGUUGAGUGGAUCCCUAACAAUGUUAAACUGGCUGUUUGUGAUAUCCCACCUCGUGGGCUCAAGAUGGCAGCUACCUUCAUUGGGAACUCCACAGCUAUCCAAGAAAUUUUCAAGAGAAUAGCAGAACAGUUUACAGCCAUGUUUCGCCGCAAGGCCUUUUUGCACUGGUAUACAGGAGAAGGGAUGGAUGAAAUGGAGUUUACUGAGGCUGAGUCUAACAUGAACGACUUGGUAUCUGAAUACCAACAGUAUCAGGAAGCUACUGCUGAUGAUGAAGGCGAGUUUGAUGAAGAAGAGCCUGUGGACGAAAUGGAGUAAAAUUGCAGUUUUGCAAUUCACUGGGUGUUUAAUGCAUUCAGUAGCAUUACCUGAUAUCCAGAUUAUAAUUGGUGAAAGAGGUUUAUGCAUUUAUUUCGUUUUUCUAGAUUAACUAAUUCUUUGUACAGGAAAUAUAAUUUUUGUAUGAAGCAAAAUACAGAUCAAUAUUGCCCUGGUGUAAAAAUUAUCUGUAAAAUAAAAUUUACUUGUGAAA